AUGGGAAGGCCUAUUUCCAGCAGGUCCCAAAUUGUUGACCAAACAUCAAUUCAGGAAUCUCAUGGUCAAUUGGAUUGCCACCGGUCCAAAGACGGAUUUGAUAAUGCUCCUCCAAGCCCACCUCCUUCCCCCAAUAAUAAGACCAUUAUCAUUGUGAUAUCAGUAAUUGGUGGGUGCUUUGUGCUAAUAAUGGCUGUGGUAUUUGUUUGGUGGUGCAUUUGGAAACGUCAUCCAGGUUCAGUCCCUAAUCCAGGCAAAAGACAUCUUGAGGAAAAAAAUAGUCUAUAUGAUACACCUCAUCCUCCACAGCCUCAUCCUCUGACAGCAAACCCUCAUAUAAUGAGAUUUUCAUACACACAGUUGAUUGGCAUAACUAACAAUUUUGCUAGGAAAAUUGGGAAAGGGGGAUUUGGAGUUGUGCUUCAUGGUUGUUUGGAAAAUGGAAAGCAAGUAGCUGUCAAGUUGAAUUCUCAAUCAUCACUGCAAGGGGAAAGGCAAUUUGUUGCUGAGGCAUUUCUAUUGCAUCAAAUGACCAUUACAGGUAAAGCUGGUAGAAUCUUGUCUUGGAGAGGACGACUCGAAAUUGCUAUUGGAGCUGCAGAAGGGCUAGAGUAUCUGCAUCAUAAGUGCCACCCACCAAUAAUUCAUAGAGAUAUAAAGUCAUCUAACAUUCUCUUGGGACUAGAUCUAGAGGCAAAGAUAGCAGACUUUGGAUUGUCCAAGGCUUAUAAAGGUGAUGAUGAGACUAAUGUGUCUACAAAUGUGGUCGGAACACCUGGAUAUAUUGAUCCUGAGUACCAUAACACUUUGCAGCUCACUGUCAAGAGCGAUGUAUUUAGUUUCGGGGUGCUUCUUUUUGAACUUUUAACGGGUCAAAUUCCUCUUGUACCCAGCUCAAGAAAGCCUCAUAUAAUGCAACGAGUGACUUCAACGCUUGUCAAUGUGCCUAUAGAUGCCAUUAUGGAUCCAAGAUUUGGAGGACAAUUCGAUGCCAAUUCUGCUUGGAAGGUCGAAGAGCUGGCAGAACAGUGCACUCAAGCAUCAGGAAGCCGGAGACCAACAAUGACUAAGGUUAUACUUGAGCUGAAGGAUAGCUUGGAACUCGAAUUUGGUCGCCUAAAUAUGUGGAAAAGUAAAGUUGUGGAGGAUGGAAUGAUUGCUAGUUUGGUUUGGUUUGUCAUCAACAUUCUUGAUUGA